AUGCCUUACAGAGAUUCCCUCAUGGCCCAUAGCGGCACCUUGGAAGCGCUCCAGAGCCAUCAUACGCCGUCGCGAAGGAGCCGCCCACCGGACAUCGACGUCAUGGCAGCAGAAGAAAACCGGGUUCCCUUGAAGCCGGAAAAGGUCAACAAGAGGGAGUCUAGGUUGGGAUUGAGGAGUCUGUUUGGUCGAUCCAAAGCACCAAAAGAGUUGGCAAUCCCAGAAACGCCCACAUCGAUUGGGAGUCACACGUCCGUUACCGAUAUGAGCACCUUUUCCAAUGGCCAGUCAGCUGUUAUGUCUGAUCAUUCUCCCACAACACCACGAAGCCCGCGCCCAUUAUCCACUAUACUCGACGCUCAUCAUCAGACUCCAUCUACUCUCCAGAAAUCCGUUGGUGCCGUCAGGGUUCAAGGGCCAGUCAAACCCGCGCGAGGACCAAUUGCAACGUGGCAUCCUCCACCACUUUUCAAAGCAUUUCCUCAAGCUAUCAAGCACAUGACACUGCCCGCUACGUCAUUGGCCCCAGAAGUCAUUCUGCGCAUGCAUGAGCGCAGAGUUAAUGCAUCCCGCGAGGACUUGCCUGCUGCAAUUGACAUGGAAGUAGGCACUAUUGAGAAGGGCAAGGUCAAGAAGAAGCACCGACGCAACACUUCUGGCCCCGCCCCCAAGUUUGAAUGGACGAACAAGAUCUACGUCCUGGUAACAUCGGGCUAUCUAUUACAAUAUUCAGCAGAAGGGCCUUUUGACCGAUUGCCCGAGAAGGUUCUCCAUCUUGGAAAAAACUCGGCGGCUUUUGCCAGCGACGUGAUUCCUGGUCGUCAUUGGGUGAUACAGGUUUCUUCAGUUACGGAAUCCGACGGCACGCUGACUACUGACUCCUCACGAUCACUCUUCUCACGUUGGAACCUCCGGGUUACAGAACGGCGACAAGCGUCCAACUUUCUGAUGAUUUUCGAGACUGCUGAGGAUAUGGAAGGCUGGAUUGCGACACUACGCCGUGAGAUCGAGAACCUGGGAGGCAAGAGGACGCUUACCGAGACGGGGAAGCCCAAAGCUGAGGAUGAAUUUGUGCCCCUACGAGAGCAGCCCAGCCAACGAACGCUGGUGGUGAGGGAUCCAGAUCGACUGUCGCGCGUCAUGAGCCAGAGUACUCAGGGCUCUCAAUGGAGGAGAGCGAGUGAUGCCGAUGACUCGGCUACUACCACUGCCGAACCUGAUGCAGCCGUUGACCAGUCCUUGGACGACAUUUCAACCACCAACAGCUUCGUAUCACAUGAUGGCAGGCAGCUGGAUAACCUACGAGAUAGCUCGAACCGCCUUUCCUUUAUAUCCUCUGGACAACGGACAGUUGUGACAUCCACUGGAUCGUCCCCGGAGCCAUCACCGACUGUGGACACCUUCCCUACGAAUCUUGAAGAGAAGCCUCAGGUGCAAGAAGCAGCUAGCCAGCCGGAGGCAAGGCCACGUCCAAACGCUGCAGCGAUCCUCGACCGAAGGCAAUCGAUGCAAGUAUUGGGCCCCUUCGUCGAGCUUCGCGGUGGACCAGCAAAUGUGCGACCGCAAUCGACGUACGGAUCAGGGGUGAUUCAUGAUCUGAACACGCCGCCACAUUCCAAGGCACCAACACCAAAUUUCAGUGUUCCUAACACGUCGAACAGACGAUUUUCGUAUGUGAGGAGUACAGCGCAGGAAUUUGGCAUGAUGACGCAGUCAGGUAUGACUGAGUACCAGACACGAUCGUUAGGUCGCAGAGCACCACCGACCACUCUGCCGAUCGCGCGACCGCUGUCAAUGGUAGCUGACCAACCCUCACCGAUGGAGGAGGUGCACGAGCGGCCGGUGACUCGUCAUGGGGACGAGACCCAACCGCUUGACCCCGACGAUGAUGAUUUGAUGUCCCUGCCGCGGAUUCCCAACACAUAUGAUGUGCCAUCACGACGGUCAAGCCUGGCGCCUGUCGAUGAACCUAUCGUCGAGGUUAACCGGUCAGCCAGCUCACGCAGAUUUUCAGGGAUGCGGCAAUGGCGCAAAUCUGAGAGUCCUCAUCCAAUGUUGCGCAACUUUACAACACCGGUCCGACCUGGACCCCCUCAAAGAACUCGAUCUCGGUCAUCCCUAAUUGGGUCUGACGAGAUGGUCAGAUGCCGUACCUCAAUGGACACGCAUGGCGAUGGCCGAAGCGAUUCGGUGUCAGCGAAGGCACGUUCCCAGAGGCGAGCGAGCAUGCAGUCCAUAGUGUCGGAUCGAGCAUCUCAGUAUAGCGCCUCGGCCGAUCUCCCUCCGCCCAUGGCACCCGAGUCACUGCCACUGCCUGCACCACCGCCUACGGUGCCUCUUCCUCCGAUCCCCGCAUCCGCCAGCAACCCGCAACUGAGGACAGAUACAGGCAGCAAGGGCUUGUUCAUCCGGCGAAGCAUGCCUCAACUGAGCGAAGGCCCUCCACCAGCUCCACCACCUACAUGUGCACUGCCACCACUUCCCCCGAAGCCACGAAUCAGAGUAUAA